UGACGUGUCCUCGCAGAAGUAGUCCUUUUAACGUCCUUUUAAAGAAACAUUGGUCGAUGGUUGUUCUUGUUGCUACGUUCAUCAUUUUCCUGUUUUUUUCUGGGCUACUUUUUAGCUACAAUUUGCUGUACAUUGAGCUAAAGCAAUCUUUUAAUUCAACUACCACGCAGACGGGUAUACCAGGUGCCAUCUCUAUCUCUCUGUUCUGCUUUGGUUCCGUCGUGAUAACAAUUUUGUUCCAGAAGCUCGGCCACCGGACAACAGUCUUGCUUGGGGUGUCACUAUGCUGUUUAAGCCUUUUAUUAUCGUCUUUUGCGCAACACAUAUCAGUGUUAUACUUUACAUACGGGGUCAUGUAUGGGAUUGGCUUCAACGCCUGUAACAUAGCAAGUACUGAUCUGAUUUUGAGGAGCUUUGACAAAUGCAACGCCACGCGAGCAACUUCUACAACCCUCUGUGCAAUAAGUAUUGGUUUUCUUGCUUCUCCAUGUCUGAAGUGGCUGUAUGAGACCUAUUCUUGGCGUAUUGCGUUUAGAAUACUUUGUGUCGUGUUUGCCUUAGUUGGAUAUCCUAGCGCUCUUGUCAUGGUGGAGAUUAACAAAUCUGAUGAUGAAGACAGUGGCAAAGAAGAUUCAAAUACAACUCAAGAAACUUUCAGUAUAGCGAACUAUAGUGCUUUAUUUCGAAGACGAGAUUUUAUAUUAUGUUUAAUAGGAAUACUUUUAUCAACCUCAGCUGUUACUUUUACAUUAAUAAGUGUGGGCAACUACUUAUCAGUAAAUGGAAUGGAUUUAUCAGUGAUAUCUUUUGUUUUGGUUUUAAUGGGUGUAGGAGAUCUUGCCGGAAGAAUUAUCGCAGCAAUAUUUUCUGACAGAUUACCAAUUUCAAGAAUAUUACAGAAUGCUUUAAGUAACAUAGCCGCAGCUGUACCUUCAAUAUGUUUACCUUUUAUAUCGACACAAAUAGGGCGAAUAGUGGCUUUUACAGUAAUGAGUGUCCCACGUGCUUGGCUUCUUGUCUUGACGCCCAGUAUUGCGAUGGAAGUAUCUUCAGAUGAAACGAGGGCUGAAUCAGUUGCUGCAUUGUACAUGGCGUUUGGUGCCGGGGCAUUCAUCACUACCUAUUUUACAGAUGCAAUAUAUGAUAUUACCGGCUCGUACGAUAUGCCUUGGUUCAUCUGUACAGGACUCUACGCUUUAUCAACUCUAUGCAUGGUAUUUUCUGAACGAGCAAGAAGAGGGCGCGUGCAGAAUGAUGUACAACGCUAUGAUUCAGUGGAUAAGUGUUGCGACAAGAUCUAGUUUAUAUAAUAAUAGAACAUUUCAUUCAUUUUCAUUCAUUAAAGUAAAUAUUUCAGUCUUUUUUUGUACAGAGGCAUGGUUAACAAAGUAAAUAUUAAUAAAUGAAAUAUAAUACAAAGUCAGCUAACCUUGAAGUAAUAAUAAAAACAAUAAAAAGAGACAAUGCCCGAGUAAAAAGGGCAAGCCAAUAAAAAAAAUAAAAAUCUGAGACAAAUAUAAUUAAUUGCAUAGGAAUGAGAGGGGUAAUUUCACUACGUAGAGAACAGUAGUCACAUUCGGAUUCCAUUCUCUUUAUAUAGUUAUUCAUACCGGUACAUAAAUACGAUACGAUACAUAUACAUAUAUAAACAUAUACAUGUGUAUAUAUAUAUAUAGAUUAAAAGGCAAAAUACUGGAAAACA